AUGGGUCAAACCAGCCAAGUGAGUCGGCUGUUCAGUGUCGAGGGAAUUGUUGCUGUUGUCACAGGCGGGGGAAGUGGCCUCGGGCUUUUCAUGACUCAAGCAUUGGCCGAGAAUGGUGCCAAAAGAGUCUAUAUUCUUGGACGGAGGAAGCAAAUCCUAGACGAGGCAGUCAACAAGAUCGGUCUGGACAGUGUCGUCCCUCUAGUAUGUGAUGUAACAGACAUCGAAAACCUGCGAUCGGCAGCGGCAUUCAUCGAGAAGGACGUGGGAUAUAUCAAUUUACUAGUGGCCAACUCUGGCAUUUCCGGUCCUUCGGGCACCGUUGCUCCAGGAGCGAGCAUUGCCGAACUCCAGGAGACGUUGCUGGCCAUUCCGAUGGCAGAUUUCACAAACACCUACCACGUCAAUUGUACCGCCGUCUUUUACACGACGAUUGCGUUUCUGGGCUUGUUGGAUCAAGGGAACAAGCAGCCAUCGGACUCUGCCUAUCAAGGAGGAAGGAGUCAGGUCAUCGCCACCAGCAGCAUUGGGAGCUUCAACCGGAAAAUCACGGCCGGCUUUGCCUAUGGGACAAGCAAGGCCGCCACGACCAUGUUGAUGAAAGUCCUGGCCACAUAUUUGGUGCCAUAUAGGAUCAGAGCAAAUGUUCUAUGUCCUGGCUUAUUCCCAACGGAUCUUACUACGACUCUGAUCAAAGAAGGCCAAGAUCCCGCAACAGAAGGCGCAUUCCCGCUGGACCAAAUCCCGGCCGAGCGCGCAGGGCAGCCAGAGGAUAUUAUGGGUCCUUUGCUGUACCUGGCCUCAAGGGCUGGAGCCUAUUGCAAUGGCAACUGUGUGAUCACAGAUGGUGGUCGUCUGAGUGUCACACCGGCCACGUACUAG